AUGCCCCUUACAUGUAGAUUUUAUCAAGAAAAAUAUCCAGAAGUUGAAGAUGUAGUUAUGGUGAAUGUGCGUUCCAUUGCUGAGAUGGGCGCAUAUGUGCAUCUGCUCGAAUACAACAACAUUGAGGGCAUGAUCUUGCUUUCAGAGUUGUCGAGGCGUCGUAUUCGUUCUAUCAACAAACUUAUUCGUGUCGGCAAAACUGAACCCGUUGUGGUCAUAAGAGUAGAUAAAGAAAAAGGUUAUAUUGAUUUAUCCAAACGGCGUGUAUCUGGUGAAGAUAUAGACAAAUGUACAGAGCGGUAUGCAAAGGCAAAAGCAGUGAACUCAAUCCUUAGGCAUGUAGCGGAACUUUUGCAUUAUGAAAACUCGGAGCAAUUGGAAGAACUCUACAAGAAGACUGCUUGGCUGUUUGAAGAGAAAUAUAAAAAAAAGGCAUCUGCCUAUGAUUUCUUUAAGCAAGCUGCUGUGGAUCCUUCAGUCCUAAAUGAAUGUGGUCUUGAUGAAAAAACAAAGGAAGUGCUAUUAGCCAACAUUAAGAGGAAAUUGACCUCACAGGCAGUCAAGAUAAGGGCUGACAUUGAGUGCGCAUGUUAUGGCUAUGAGGGUAUUGAUGCAGUUAAGGCUGCAUUGAAAGCAGGUCUUUCAUUAUCCACAUUAGAAUUGCCAAUUAAGAUAAAUCUCAUUGCCCCACCAUUGUAUGUUAUGACUACUUCAACACCAGAAAAAACAGAUGGACUUAAAGCCUUACAAGAUGCAAUUGAUAAAAUUAAUGAGACCAUCACAGCAUCAGGUGGUGUCUUCAACAUACAGAUGGCGCCUAAAGUGGUGACGGCAACUGAUGAAGCUGAAUUGGCGAGACAAAUGGAGAGAGCUGAAGCUGAGAAUGCUGAAGUGGCUGGUGACUCUGCUGAGGAGGAUGAGGAUCAAGGUAUGGGUGACGCAGGCGCAGAUGAUGAGCCUCAGCAAAAUGGUGCCUCCGAUGAAGACGAAGAAAACUAA